GGUCACUAUAUGUAUGUACGUCCGUCACACUCACUGGUCACUAUCUGUAUGUACGUCCGUCACAGUCACUGGUCACUAUAUGUGUGUACGUCAGUCACACUCACUGGUCACUAUAUGUAUGUACGUCCGUCACACUCACUGGUCACUAUAUGUAUGUACGUCCGUCACACUCACUGGUCACUAUACCAAAAUAUCAUACUCUUUUAGGACAAACAUAUGUCAUUGUUGGUAAUUUGUAUUAUCGAUUAAAAAUUAUGAAGAAGCAUUAGUUCAUUUUGAGAAAGCAUUAGAAAUACAGAAACGUUCACUGAUACCCUUUCACCAUGAACUUGGCUGUACGAUGUGUUUUAUCGGUUGCGCUCUGAAAGUUUUAAAAGAUUAUGAACAAGCUGAUCAAUAUUUUCAAAAAGGAAUUGUGAUUUUUCGAAAAAAUUACCCUAAAGGAAAUGUAUUAUUAGAGAAAGCCGAAGAAUUUGCUCAAGGAAAUGAAAGACUGUUAAAACAGGUAUAG